GUUCUUUUGAUUAAAGGAUUAUAAGAUAAGUGAACAGCAAACUCAAGUCUAGAAUAAAAGCGGUCUUUUUCUACUGAACAACAAGUAUGUCUCAAGUUGAAAAAGUCUCAAUUUUGGGUUCUGAGACCAUCCAUGUUGGAUACGGGAUUCAGGACCAUAUAGUUGAAGAGACUAUUAGCAAUAAGGCAUCUUCAACUUAUGUUAUUAUUACCGAUUCAAAUAUGGCUAGAACCAAGCCAUAUCUCAAAUUGGUUUCUAGUUUUGAACAAAAAUUGAAGGAAAAGAGACCAGAAUCUCGUUUACUUAACUAUAUUGUUUCCCCCGGUGAAAAUAAUAAGAAUCGUGAAACUAAAGCAGCAGUUGAGGAUUUCUUAUUACAAAAAGGUUGUACUAGAGAUACUGUUAUUCUUGCUGUUGGGGGUGGUGUUAUUGGAGAUAUGAUUGGUUUUGUUGCUGCCACUUUUAUGAGAGGUGUUAGAGUGAUUCAAGUUCCUACUAGUUUAUUAGCAAUGGUUGAUUCUUCAAUUGGUGGUAAAACUGCAAUUGAUACUCCCUUGGGUAAGAAUUUCAUUGGUUCUUUCCAUCAACCAGAUUAUGUCUUUGUAGAUGUUUCUUUCUUGGAAACUUUACCAACUAGACAAUUCAUCAACGGUAUGGCAGAAGUUGUCAAAACUGCUGCCAUUUGGGAUGAAGAAGAAUUUACUAGAUUAGAAAACUUUGCCAAAGAUUUUAUAACCGUUGUCACUGCAGAUGAUAUCGAAUUGACCACCAUCAAAAAGGAUUUGGUUAAAACUGUAUUAGGUUCUAUCAGAGUUAAAGCUGAUGUUGUCUCCUCUGAUGAAAAAGAAUCAAGUUUAAGAAACUUACUUAAUUUCGGCCAUACCAUUGGUCAUGCAAUUGAAGCGGUAUUAACUCCUGAAGCUUUACAUGGUGAAUGUGUUUCAGUUGGUAUGAUCAAAGAAGCUGAAUUAGCAAGAUAUUUGGGUAUCUUAGGACCAGUUGCAGUCGCUAGAUUAUCAAAAUGUCUUACUGCUUACGGAUUACCAGUAUCUCUCGAAGAUAAAUCCUUUUUGAAAAAAGUGGGUAACAAGAUUCAUGAUAUACAACUUGAUACUUUAUUAGCUAAAAUGGCUAUCGAUAAGAAGAACGACGGUAGUAAAAUUAGAUGUGUCUUAUUAGAAUCUAUAGGUAGAUGUUACCAAAUGAAAGCUCAUGAAAUCUCAAAACAAGAUUUAGGUUUUGUUUUAACUGAUGAAGUUAUGGUCCACUCGUUCGAUCCUGACUGUAUCCCAACAACAAACAUCGUUAUUCCACCUGGUUCCAAAUCUAUCUCUAAUAGAGCUUUGGUCUUGGCUGCCUUGGGUUCUGGUACUGUUAAGAUUAGAAAUUUAUUACACUCUGAUGAUACUAAACACAUGUUAGAUGCUGUUGCUUCUUUAAAAGGUGCUCAAAUAGGAACCGAAGACAAUGGUGAAACUAUUGUGGUAAAAGGUAAUGGUGGUAAUUUGGUCACUUGUGAUGAAUCUUUAUACUUGGGUAAUGCUGGUACUGCAUCUAGAUUCUUAACCACUGUUGCUUCUUUAGUUGGUAUCAAUCCAGAAUCAAAUAAUCACGUUGUCUUAACAGGUAAUGCUAGAAUGCAAGAAAGACCUAUUGGUCCUUUGGUUGAUGCUUUAAGAUCAAACGGUUCUUCCAUUCAAUAUUUAAACAGAGAAGGUUCUUUACCUUUGAAGAUUGAAGCUGGAAAAGGCUUGAAAGGUGGCAGAAUUGAACUUGGUGCUACAAUCUCCUCUCAAUAUGUUUCUUCUAUCUUGAUGUGUGCUCCUUAUGCUAAGGAACCAGUCACCUUGGCCUUGGUUGGUGGUAAACCAAUCUCUCAAUUGUAUAUAGACAUGACCAUUGAUAUGAUGAAAGCUUUUGGUAUCACUGUUACUAAAUCAACAACCGAAAAGUACACCUACCACAUAGAACAAGGUACUUACGUGAAUCCACCUGAAUACGUCAUUGAAUCUGAUGCUUCUUCCGCUACCUACCCAUUGGCUUUUGCUGCCCUUACCGGUACCUCAUGUACAGUUCCAAACAUCGGAUCUUCAUCUUUACAAGGUGAUGCCAGAUUUGCAGUUGAUGUUUUGAAACCUAUGGGAUGUAAAGUUGAACAAUCUUCAAGUUCAACCACAGUCACUGGUCCACCAAGAGGUCAAUUAAGACCCUUGCCACACGUCGAUAUGGAACCCAUGACAGAUGCAUUUUUGACAGCUUCAGUUGUUGCUGCUGUUGCCAGAGACUCAUCCAACACACCAACUCAAAUUACCGGUAUUGCCAAUCAAAGAGUUAAAGAAUGUAAUAGAAUAUUGGCCAUGGUUACAGAAUUAGCCAAAUUUGGAGUUAAAGCUAAUGAAUUACCAGAUGGUAUCGAAAUUCACGGAAAUGAUUACCGUGAUUUACAAACUCCUUCUGCUAAGAAAGGUGGUGUCAAGACUUAUGAUGAUCAUAGAGUUGCCAUGUCCUUUUCUUUAUUAGCAGGUUUAUGUAAAGAACCAGUUUUACUUCAGGAAAGAUCUUGUACUGGUAAGACUUGGCCCGGAUGGUGGGAUACUUUACAUACCAAAUUCAAUGUCACCAUAGAUGGUCAUGAAAUACCAAAGAAUGUUGAACAUGAUAACUCUUUAGUUGAUAAACACUCAAACGGUUCAAAGAGUAUCAUUGUCAUUGGUAUGAGAGCAGCAGGAAAGACCACAUUGAGUAAAUGGAUGGCAUCAUUCUUAGGAUUUAAAUUUAUUGAUUUGGAUGAUAUUUUUGUUGAAAGACAUGGUGACAUCAGAGAACACAUUAAAGCUCAUGGUUGGGAAAGUUUCCGUGACAUUGAAAGUAAGAUUGCCGAGGAGGCAUUCAAGCAAUAUUCAACUGGUUAUGUCAUUUCAACUGGAGGUGGUAUAGUUGAAGGUGAAGCUUCAAGAAAUAUUUUAAAAUCUUAUACUAAAUCUGGUGGUAUUGUUUUACAUUUACAUCGUGAUCUUGAUGAAACUGUUGUAUUCUUGAGUGCUGACACUACCAGACCAGCUUACGUAGAUGAAAUCAAAGGUGUUUGGGAAAGAAGAGAACCUUGGUAUCAUGAAUGUUCCAGUUACCAUUUCUAUUCUUCUCAUUGUGCUAAUGAAGUUGAAUUUAAACAAUUGAGAAUCUCUUUCAUAAACUAUAUCAAGACCAUUACUGGAUCACAAGUUACUGAAAUUCCAACUUCUAGAUCUGCUUUUAUUAGUUUAACUUAUCCAGACUUGAAUGAAAGUGAUGUUGAUCUUGAAGAAAUUACCACUGGUUGUGAAGCAGUUGAAUUAAGAGUUGAUUUAUUGAAGGAUUAUUCUAAAACCUUUGUUGGAGAUCAAACAGCUAUUAUUAGAAAGAACACCACUUUACCAAUAAUUUUCACUAUUAGAACCGAAUCUCAAGGAGGUAAAUUUCCAGAUUCUAAUUUGAAACAACUUGAAGAACUUAGUUUAUUGGCCAUUAAAUUAGGAGUUGAAUAUUUGGAUGUACAAUUAACUCAUCCUGAUGAACUUAUCUAUAAAAUCAUGGAAAAGAGAGCAUUUACUAGAAUCCUUGGUUCAUUCCAUGACUUCACUGGUGAGCUUAAAUGGGAUAAUGUUGAAUGGACUAAUAAAUAUAAUCAAGCUGUUACUUUGGGAGUUGAUGUUGUUAAGUUAGUUGGUACUGCUACUUCAUUCCAAGAUAAUUUAGAUUUAGAGAACUUUAGAUCUAGUAAGACUUCCAGACCAUUGAUUGCCAUUAAUAUGUCCGAACACGGUAAAUUAUCAAGAGUCUUGAACACUGUUUUAACCCCGGUUACUCAUGAAAAAUUACCAUUCAAAGCAGCCAAGGGACAACUUACUGUUACUGAAAUCAACAGAGCUUUUGCUGAAAUUGGAGGUUUUACUAAUAAAGAAUUCACAGUUGUUGGAAGUCCAAUUCAACAUUCUAGAUCUCCCCCAUUACAUAAUUCAGCUUAUGAAAAAUUAGGUUUACCAUAUAAAUUUGAUAGAUUUGAAACUGAUGAUGCGAGUGAAGUCUAUCAAAAAUUAAUGAAAAAGGAAAACUUUGGAGGUUUGGCAGUCACUAUGCCUCUCAAACUCGAUAUCAUGAAAUACGUUGAUGAGUUAUCCGAUGCAGCCAGAGUGAUUGGUGCUGUCAACACGGUAAUCCCGAUUGAAGGUGAGCCAGGAAAAUUCGCCGGUGAUAACACCGAUUGGAUUGGUAUUUCUAAUUCCUUCAUUAGACACGGGGUCCCAAGCAUCGAAAACUGCAAUGUCAACGGUUUAGUUGUCGGUGGUGGCGGUACUGCUAGAGCUGCUGCUUAUGCUUUACACGAAAUGGGAUGUAAGAAGAUUUACAUGAUCAACCGUACCUCUGCUAAAUUGGUUGAAAUCAAAGAAACCUUACCUCAAGCAUUCAACAUUGAGAUCUUAGACACCGUUGAUGAAGUCGAAGCCACCGACGCAGUUUCCUUGAUUGUUUCCUGUGUUCCUGCUGACAAACCUCUUGACGAUGCCUUAUUGAAUAAACUCGAAAGAUUAUUGCUCAAGGCCACCAAACAAAAAUACGAUGGCCAGUUUGCUCCAACCCUUUUGGAGGCCAGCUACAAACCAAGAACCACCCCCAUCAUGAAGAUUGCCCGUGAAAAAUACCAAUGGAAUGUUGUUCCAGGUUGUGAAAUGUUGAUCAACCAAGGCGAAAAACAGUUUCAGCUCCACACUAAAUUGAAUCCUCCUUAUAAAGUAAUCGCCAACGCUGUUUUGGCCGAAUAAUCUGUAAAU